AGGGGACCCAGCAGGUUAAUGCGAGGCCUGGGUGUUCUUGCUUCUUCAGCCAAGUUGUUCAACCCCCAGGGGACCCAGGGGACACGUGACACCAGGGCAGCCGCUGGGCCUCCUAGGGCAGGGACCCCCUCUGCUGCGGCAGCUGGUGACAUUUCACUGGGCUCUGGCUUCAAAGUCUCCGUGGGGGUUGGAGAGGCCAGGCUGUGGGGGAGGGGCCGGAGCGAGCGGGGUGGCCGUGGCCCGGGAGGAGCGGGCAGCCAGGCGUCUUCAGGAGUCCUCGGCAGAGGGAGGUUCGAGAUGUCCAGCAAGGUGGCAAUCGGCAGUGACAUUGGACAGGCCCGCCGGGCGGUGGAGCAGCUGCGGAUGGAGGCGGGCAUCGACCGCGUGAAGGUGUCCAAAGCAGCUCGCGACCUGCUGCAGUUCUGCACGGAGCAGGCCAAAAGUGACCCUUUCCUGGUGGGCAUCCCGGCUGCCACCAACCCCUUCAAGGAGAAGAAGCCCUGUGCCAUUCUCUGAGCCCC